GCGAACUUCCCCAGGAAUUUAGUUAAUAAUUCAUCUCCAGUUUCAGAUUUCUUAUCUACAAGUGAGAGAUAGGGGUUGAAUGCUAACAUAACAGAGAAAGGACAAUUCAGUUGUACAGUUAGGAGUUUCAGACAUGCAUUGAAAUCAUCAUCCAGGAUUUAAGGCCAUUGAAUGUCCUUGUUUUAUGGCAAUUUGCCACACUGGCUGGGAAUGAUGGGAAUAGUAGACCAAAACAUCUGGAGGGCGUCGAUUGGAGAAAACUCAAUUAACGCAAUACCAACAGAACUGAAAAAUGCAAAAGGAAGUUGGUUUUCUCAGUUUGACAUGUCCUGUGCUGUAGACCACUGUGUUGAUAACCAGGAACAAUGAAUGGCCACGUUCCUCAACAAGAAGAUGCACAAGACAUUCCCUUACAACAAGUAGGUGAAGAAAGAAGUGGAGAUGACGUGCCUGAAUCAAAUGAGCUUCUUCAGCCUAACAUAUUUCAGCCUAAUAAGAAGAAAGCCCUCUUGAAGUCAUGCUCUGAGAUUGUGUUUUGGAAAUGCAGACUAUGGAUGCUUGUCACUUCUAUUUUCCUGUUGUUGAUAGCUGUGACUAUCAUAACUUUAUCUGUGAGUUCAGCGGUUUACAUUGACGAAGAUGAAUACUGGGAUCCUGAAUUAAUAGCAAGUGGCAAUCAUCACAACUUCUCAGGGAUAGUAAAAAUCCAUUGUGUGAAUCCUGAGCUGCUGCUUUCAGAAUCAACAUAUAAUUUACUUUCUGAAAAUCUCCACAAGAGGCUUCUGGAUGUGUACAGAGAUUCACCUGCUCUUGGGCGAUAUUUCAUCUCUGCUGAAGUCAUUUCCAUCAGUGAUGGAAAUAAUACGGCAGCCUAUCACUUGUGCUUCUCAGUGCCACAAGAUGAGACUAGAGAGUUUAUGAAGUACAGAAUGAACCAAAAUUUUGUAAUGAAUAUUUUGAGGCAAAAUAUUUAUGACCAGGAAGAACUGUAUGGUCUGGAUGUACCUGAAUGUAUAAAUCUGACACUUGAUCCAACAUCUCUUUCACUAACACAAAUACAGCCUAUUAAUACAGAAGGAUGAAUUGCAUAGAUGUCUGGAUUUCUUGCCUGAUCUCGGAAGAACUUUCAGAUACGUUGCCUACCAUUUCAUUUGUUCAACAAACAAAGUUCUGUACAACAUAUCCACUGUGUUCUUCUCCAUCUUAUACCAAUCAACAAUUCCAAGAAAAACGUGAGUGCAUCAGCCUUAUGGACAAGAUGGUGGAUCUAUGAAUAAGAACUUAAGUGCCAAUGUUUAGAAAUGAACACUCAAGAGAGCAGACUUUUCAAACUGCCCUUAGAUUACAACUGAUGGAAGGGGGGUUGUGUGUGGGGGGUAUGUGUUUUUAACAUUUGACAAAAUGCUAAAAGGACAAUGCUGGAAAAAAAAGAGCAUUCCGGAAAACAGAUACAUAAAAAGUCCCAUUCAGCCUUGAGCUGGCUCUUGGUAGAAUGUUGGCAAAUGCCAUUCUUUUUUACUUUGGUUCUUCAGUACAAGGGUGUUUCCAGGAUUUUCACUAUGCUGCUAAACUGUGCGUAGUAAAAGAGAAGCAAAUAUGCAUUUCUUGGACAAUAAUCGUCUGCAGAAAGGCCUUCAGUGUCAAGUUUCAACCUGCUUCUUUGUGCCUGCUGCAGCUUUACCUUCCUUUCUGCGGUUGGAGAAAUGUGAUGACAGCAUAGUAGCUAUUUACAUUUACUUCUCAGCAGCUCACUCCUCCUCUGCCAUAACAAUCAGUUUGAACACACAUUGAGAAUCCAUCUGUUUAGUGAAUGCAUGAGCCAUCCUGUGUUGAUCUUAUGAGUUACAGAUUUUUUGGCCAAUUGUUAAACAUCUGUCUUGCUUUUGAUUGGAUGGAUCUCAAGGAAACUAUUGGCAAAGUAAAAUGCAGAAGGGUAUCCUCUUCCACGUAACCUUGGUAAGGGCAAGAACCAGUUAAACAAUAUCAGCAAAUUGACAGGAGGAAAAUAAACUCAUUUGAAAUAGGAUGCAGGAGUAGAGUUGUACAGAUACCAUGGGUUGCUAGAAAUACAAUUGAAUGGGUCUUACACCUAAUCAAACCUGAACUAUCACAAGAAGUGAAGACUACACUGAAACUGUUGUAUUUGGAUUAUAUAAUGAGACAACGUGAAAAGACAAUAAAGGUCAAGUGAAAGGCUGUAGGAAGAGAAGGAGAUUACAUUACCGGUGGACUGAAUCAAUAAAGGAAGCCAUGACCCUGAGUUUGCAAAACCUGAGUGGGGCAGUCAAUGACUUGAAGUCUUGGAGGCUUCCUAUUCAUUACCCAUUCAUACGGUUUCCAUAAGUCAAAGUUGACCUGUAACAAACCAAUUGUACAAAAUGUACAAUUAUUAGUUUCUGAAGCCAAAGACCUGUGUAUAAAUGCCUUUGCUGACUGUUGAAAGAUCAUCAGAGAUUGGCAAGAAGUAAUUUGAGAACCUAAGAGCAACUACCAAGGACACUCUCUCAAAUGGCCAUCAAAUGUGCUGCAUAUAAGGUAUGGUUUGUUGCACCACUUAGUGGUAAGGAGGCAAUAUUGUUUUGUUAGAAAAGUUAAAACUGAGCAUGUUCAGAUCUGUGACUUUUCAAGCUAAACAAGUUCCCUAAGAACUGAGUAAAAAGAAACCAAGAGAUAAAUCCUGUAAUUUUUUUUACCUUACUAGAAUCGUAUAUUUCAUAUGUUGUUGAAAGAGAAAAAAGGGCCCCUCUCAAUAAUCUUAAAAUUUGGACAGGUUUCUGUAGGAGAAUGUAGUCUUUCAGAUAACCUGGUUCCAAGUAAUGUAGAACUCCAUAGGUUAUAAGCAGCCUAAGUGGAGCUACGAGUGAGCUUUAGGUUGUGAAAUUUAAGGAGUUAUCUAAGGUGUUGAAGUCCAGUCCUCCAAACAAGUUUAGCACCUUGCAUAGCUGUUUUAAAGUUUGGACUAAAACUUGGAGUGGAUUCACCCCCUACUGACAUGUAGACCACCAGCCUCCACUGGUGAACUAGUAGCCAGUGAAACUGUUGUAACAUGGAAUCACAUGCUCUCUAUGACUGGCCCUGUUCAAAUGUCUGAUUCAGCUGAAAUUCUGGACACUCCAGUGACACCCAUGUGCAUAUUGCAUUACACUGGCUCGAACAGGGUUUAAAUAAGGCAUGUAACAACAUUGCCAAUGAUCACAGGGAGGGAAGCACCCACAUUCUGUGUAUAAAUGGGAUUUAAACUCAGGUAAAUCAUACAAGAGCAGGAUUGUUUUCAGACGACAUUGCUUGAAUUAAGCAUUAACGCGAGAUUAACCCAUGCAAAAAGUGGCAAAAUCACCCCGUUUAUGCACAGGAUUUGGGUGCUUUGCCUCCUGUGUGAUAAACUCUAUACUCAUAUUUACAGGAACAGGGAUUUGUGGCACACUGACUUCAGCAGUGAACAAAUAUACUUGGACACAGUAGAAACAUAAGCACUCAGAGUCAAGUCUGAAUUGAACGCUAUAAUCAAAUUGCAAAACUGAGGAGUUUAUCGCACUGGCUUUUCCUGUCCUUUCCUCCCGAGUUAGGUGCGGGAUGAAAACUUUUAAACAUGAAUUAUUUUGCAUGCCUCCAUGCCCAGGCAGGAGGCAUCCUGUACCCAAUCAUGGCAUCACAUACCCAAUCCAGACUUCUGCAUUUUUUGAAAGAACAGGGUUUUUCCAUUCUUUGCAAGGUGCAGGAGGAGUCUGAAUUGGAUAUGGGGAUGGGGUGGGGGAGGGUCACCCCCUUCUGGCUAUUACCUGGUGCAGGCUGCACCCCCCCCCCCCCCGGGUUAA